AUGGUGGUCGCUGCAAGCUUGAUAAAAGCAGUAACCGAUUUAGAAACAGAACGCCAAAAAGGGGGGCAGCUUUGCCUUUCCGACGAGUCUGUUAGUCAACGGUGGAGCAUAUACGGGUUCGAUUUGAGCGGAGACAUGGUUCUAAGAGACCCUCACGAUAACUCCAUUUUCGGAGCAAUCUUUCAUCGGAAAUCCACCGGAGAUCCACCGCCCAAGUUCGCAAUCGCUUUUCGUGGAACAAUGCUUCGCAAAGCCACCGCCAUGGAGGACAUAGUAAACGAUUGCGACUACAUCUUCAACGGCCUCCACGAGUCGACUAGGGUGGAUAUGGGGCUCACUGCCGUCAAGAUUCUUCUGGAAAACGUCUCUGAAAAUGGCGUGUGGUUAACUGGUCACUCUUUGGGCGCCGCCAUCGCUUUAACGAUUGGCAGGACAUUGGUGCUAUCGAUGAAUACUUAUCUGGACACGUAUCUGUUUAACCCCCCGAUUAAGAGUCUUCUUGACUGUAGAGCGGGAGUGAAGGUGAAGAACAGCCUCAAAUCCGUAAUUAUUGCUCGGUCCGACAAAAAAAUUGUCAGUAUGGACGACAUAGUAGCUCUAUCAAAAUGGAUUCCAAAUUUGUUCAUCAAUGAAUUUGAUUGGUUCUGCAAUGACUACGUUAGUCACUUUGAAUUCAUUAAAAAGAUGGAGGACUCAGGUCCUGCCGGGGAAGAGGAUUGGACGGUGGCAAUGAAUUCAUUGAGAUCGUUGGUUUCCAAUUUAUUUGGAAAUUAUUCCCAGCCAUCAUACCUCAUCCCUUCUGCCCAUCUCACUAUAAAUUCCAGGCACCCAGCUGAAGGUUCAAUGGAAGCGCAUAGGCUCCGGCAAUGGUUAAAUUCUGAAUUACAGCAGCUUCGCCACCGGCGCUAUGUAAGCUUUCAGGCAAAUUAA